UUAUCCAGACACGCCAAGCGUAAGAUGCCCAACGUGAAAUCCCGCCAAGAAUUCAGUAGUCCAGCCCACUCGUGCAUUUUACUUCCUUUCCUCGCAAUUCCGUAGCCCUCGUCUGUGCCACUUAAAUCUUUACUCUUUUCCUCCGUAUUGUUCGUUUUCUCGCGCGCCCCUUUACCCACGAAUUUCAGAUACAGGCAAAAUGUUGCGAGCGAGGUGCAUUGUGAAUAACCUGGCACCCUACAUUCCUAGUGGUGCCAGUCGAGAAAGAUUCGCAUCAUGGCUGUUGAGCACGGAUACGUUCUCACGAUCUGUCUCUUCCACCAACAGAACAGACUAUUCCGCCCAAGCAGAGCCCUUCCUCAAUGGAUCCAGCUCGUCAUAUGUAGAAGAAAUGUACAAUGCUUGGCUCGCAGAUCCAUCAAGUGUUCACAAGUCAUGGGACUCUUUCUUCCGAAGCAGCACCUCCGGAGCCAAACCUGGCCAGGCCUAUCAACCCCCUCCUACCCUAUCCGAACCUGGUCACAAUCAAGUGUUACUCAGCAGUAUCUUACCCCAAGUUGGCAGCGCCCCAGCCCUCGGAGGUCAGGUCAACGAAAAGAUCAUAGACGACCACUUAGCCGUUCAAGCCAUCAUCCGAUCUUACCAGAUUCGAGGGCAUCAUAUUGCCAAAUUGGACCCGUUGGGAAUCAAUUCAGCUGAUUUGGACGAUAGACACCCUCCAGAAUUGCUUUAUAGUCAUUACUCCUUUGGACAGAAAUCUUCAGGAACUUACUCUGAGCAUCUUCAAAGGAAAGUGGCCAGCAUGAUGAAGCAGGAAGCUGACAUGGACCGAGUUUUCAAGCUCCCAUCCACAACUUUCAUCGGGGGUAAAGAACAGGCCUUGUCUCUGCGGGAAAUUUUGAAACGAUUGGAAUCCGCGUACUGUCGCCACAUUGGAGCAGAGUUCAUGUUCAUCAACUCUCUCGAGCAAUGUAACUGGAUCAGGCAAAAAUUAGAAACUCCAGGCAUCAUGGAGAUGGACAACAACCAGAAACGACUUGUCCUCGCUCGAUUGACUCGUGCAACAGGAUUUGAAGCUUUCCUGGCUCGUAAAUGGUCCAGUGAAAAACGUUUUGGACUUGAAGGUUGUGAAAUUUUAAUUCCUGCCAUGAAACAAGUUAUCGACAGGUCUACUGAAAUGGGUGUUGAAUCCAUUGUCAUGGGAAUGCCUCACAGAGGAAGAUUGAACGUUUUAUCCAAUGUUUGCCGAAAACCCUUGGAGCAAAUUUUCACCCAAUUUGCUGCCUUGGAAGCAGCUGAUGAUGGUUCUGGUGAUGUGAAGUAUCACUUAGGUACUUACAUUGAGCGUCUGAACCGAGUUACCAACAAGAAUAUUCGUCUUGCCGUAGUAGCUAAUCCAUCCCAUUUGGAAGCUGUGGACCCAGUAGUCCAAGGCAAAACUCGUGCAGAACAAUUCUACCGAGGAGAUGGAGAAGGCAAGAAAGUCAUGUCUAUCUUGCUGCACGGUGAUGCUGCGUUCUGUGGUCAAGGAGUCGUUUUCGAGACCUUCCAUUUGUCCGAUCUACCUGACUACACAACUCACGGAACAAUCCACAUUGUCGUCAACAACCAAAUUGGUUUCACGACUGACCCAAGGCAUUCUCGUUCAUCCCCUUACUGUACUGAUGUUGCUCGAGUCGUGAAUGCGCCCAUCUUCCACGUCAAUGCUGACGAUCCCGAAGCUGUCAUGCACGUUUGUAACGUUGCCGCUGAAUGGCGAAACACAUUCCACAAAGAUGUCGUCAUUGACUUGGUCAGUUACCGGCGCAAUGGCCACAAUGAAAUUGAUGAGCCCAUGUUCACUCAACCUCUGAUGUACCGAAUCAUCAAGCAAACCAAGCCAGCUCUAGACAAAUACGCUGAGAAGUUGGUGUCUGAAGGGGUUGUCACUGAACAGGAAGUAAAAGAUGUCAAAGACAAAUACGAUCAGAUUUGUGAGGAAGCCUACGCAAAUGCUGGCAAAGAAACCCACAUCAAGUACAAGGACUGGCUCGACUCUCCGUGGUCAGGUUUCUUUGAAGGCAAAGACCCUCUGAAGGUUGGUAACACUGGAAUCAAAGAAGACACGCUGGUCCACAUCGGCAAACGUUUCUCAUCGCCUCCUCCGAACGCUGCAGAAUUCGUCAUUCAUAAGGGUAUUGAACGUAUAUUGAAGGCUCGCAUGCAGAUGGUUGAAUCUCGUCAAGUGGAUUGGGCGCUCGGAGAAGCCAUGGCUUUUGGCUCCCUUUUAAAAGAGGGAAUUCAUGUUCGUUUGAGUGGACAGGAUGUUGAACGUGGUACCUUCAGUCACAGGCAUCAUGUUCUUCACCAUCAAACUGUCGACAAAGCUACUUACCGUCCAUUGGCCAACUUGUAUCCUGAUCAAGCUCCUUACUCUGUUUGCAACAGCUCUCUUUCUGAAUUUGGUGUUUUAGGAUUUGAACUUGGUUUCUCGAUGACCAACCCCAAUGCUUUGGUCUGCUGGGAGGCUCAAUUCGGUGACUUCAACAACACCGCCCAAUGUAUCAUCGAUCAGUUCAUCAGCUCUGGUCAAGCUAAGUGGGUUAGACAAUCUGGAUUAGUCAUGUUGCAACCCCAUGGACUUGAAGGAAUGGGUCCUGAGCAUUCAUCGGCGCGUCUAGAACGAUUUUUACAAAUGUCUGCUGAUGAUCCCGACUACUUCCCUCCUGAAAGUGAAGAGUUUGCUGUCCGCCAACUCCAUGACAUUAAUUGGAUUGUAGCCAACUGCUCGACCCCAGCUAACUAUUUCCACAUCUUGCGGCGGCAAAUCGCCCUCCCCUUCCGCAAGCCCCUCAUCUUAAUGACCCCGAAAUCACUCUUGAGGCAUCCAGAAGCUCGAUCCAGCUUCGAUGAGAUGACUGAAAACACUCAAUUCAAGAGAGUCAUCCCCGAAGCAGGAGUGGCAGCUGAAAAGCCGAACAAAGUCAAGAAGCUUGUAUUCUGCUCUGGUAAAGUUUUCUACGACUUGAGAAAGGCUCGUGAUGAUGCUGGUCUAUCCGGCGACAUCGCCAUCUCCCGUGUUGAACAGAUUUCACCAUUCCCCUAUGAUUUAAUCAAAGCUGAAUGCCAAAAAUAUCCUGAAGCCUCCCUUCACUGGGCCCAAGAAGAACAUAAGAACCAAGGUGCAUGGACUUACGUUCAGCCCCGAUUCCAUACCACCCUCAAUGGCGCUAGACAUGUUGCGCCUCCAAGCUCAAAGGAAAGUAGCGGAUGGUUACGAUUCUGGUCAAAAGAUAGUAAAGAGGAAGUUAGCCCACCUAUUCCAGCUAGUCCUGAACCUAGAACAGUCGGUUACAUCGGCCGACCUACAGCAGCUUCCCCCGCCACUGGUAGCAAAAUGCAAUUCUUGAAAGAACAGAAGUCCAUCUACGAUGAUCUUCUUCACUUGUAAACUGGUGCGGUCUGUUAUUACUAGCAACCUCAUCUACAUCAUACCGUAUUAAUAUUUGUAAAAGCACUUUCUGUUUGAGAGUAGCCAAUCGAGAAGUAACUGUAGCUUUCAACUCUUACGGAAACGUUUGGUGCUUAUUUUGAAUUCUUGUACUGCUCUGAAAUUGUAGAGUGAUUCAAAGCUUAAAAAUUUUGCAUUGUAAGCUCAUGUCCAAAGGUUGCCUCAAAUUCAGUGCAAAAAAAAAUGACAAGAAUUUAUUAGAUUCAUCAUUUAUGUCACCUUUUCUUCAGUAAAGCUUUGAUGAAGUAGGUAAAAAAAUUCAAGCAAUUUUCCAAUCAAAAUCCACCGAAAAAAUUACAUGUUUGAGUUAUGCUCUGACGCAACAUGAAUUUGCUCUCUGCGGACUUAACAUAUUUCUCUCUGAAGUGUUGCCCGGUACUUGUUUUGUGAUGUACUAUUUAUUGUAGAUUUUUCUACCAAAAUCAGAGAGCUCCCUUUGUAUCCUGAGCCUUUGCAACAAAAAAAAGUUGUAAAUUUUAUCUGUUAAUUAUUUAUUUAUUUUUAAAGGGUUAACUCAACAAACCAACUUCCAAAGAACAUGUUUUACCUCCAACCAAACUCUGAAAGACUAAGUUUUGCCUCUGUUUUUAUGUCUCCUCAGUUUUGAAAUUGCAUAAUAUGAAGCUAAUUUAUUUUAAACUGUUUCCAUCUUUUUCCACAGAAAGUCGUACUUCUCAAAGACUCGAGGAUGAGUUAUUUUUAGAAGUUCGAUAACUCGCUUAAUCCGCGAAGGAAAGAUUGUAUUUUGUAUUGGCUGUGGUAAAUUUUUUGGUAGAGGGAGUGAUGCUUUGUAAGCCUCUGCCAAAAAGUGUGUAGUCUUAAGUUGCUAUCUUAAUAAUUUGUUGGAGACUAUUGUCACGUCAAUACUUUAUUCUUGGUAACGUCCACAUCUUUUAGAUCUUGGCUGUUUCACGAGAUAAGUAGGACUGCUGAGCUGCUCACCGUUUGUACAAAAUGCUCAGGUUCCUGCAGAAAGGAUAACUUACAUCUCCUUCUUUCUUCUCCAUUAACAUCCUCUAGUUGAAAAAUGUACAUCUUUGAUUGUGACAUUGCAAAUCUCUGCUCGUGUUUUAUUUUUCGAAAGAAACUUAACCAAUCAAAAUCCUCAGUGGAAGUAUCAUCACUCAUUCAAAUAUAUUCCCAAAAAAUUUCAAGGAAUCAUUUCAGUCAGAUUUCUUUUUAAAAGCGUAAAACAUAAUCAGAGAAUUUUAAUCAUUGCAUUGGUGUUAUGUUUUUCAACUAAAGCGAUCGAUAUUGAGAGCAUACCAUUGUUAGCAUUUUUUAUAAACUGUGAGAUAAUCAAAUGGAUGACAUCAUCCAUGAAAAAGAAAGAUGAGCACAGCCUCAAAAUUUUUAGUUGUCAGUAUCGAAAACUUAAAUGACUGUUUUGUUUCUUGCGCUUUCACUCUGGUGAGCAACGCCAAGCGUCCAUAUCAGUGAGUGCCUCCUUGACAGCCGUAAAGAAAACCAAUAUUAUUUAUUGACUUACUUAUUUAACUAAUAUUAAUCAGAUCAGUUGCUUAUGUGAUAGUCAAAAUCGUUUUAGGUUAAGUACCUGAGUUGUCCCUCUGUAGGUGUGCUCUAUAGGUUCUUCUCAUAGUCAAUGAAUAUCAUAUUCCUGCUUAUCUAACUGUAAGGCUCAUCCAGUCACUCGACUUAUCUCUUGUAUGGUAACAAAGCCAUUUCUCAUGGAAAGGUCUUUGUAAGAACUUGCUCAGGUGCGCAAUGAAAUUUUGAACGAUGAUUAUUUUAACCAAAAACUCUCCGAUAUUCUUAGCUCUCUCUUUAAUUAGUACAUUAGUGAAGGAAGUAGGAAAAAAUAAGCAAAGCCAAAUUAUCAAAUUACCAAGAGUAUAUCGGCAGAUUUAGGAAGAAAAACGUCUUUAUUUUUUUAAAUCUAUAAAAAUAUUCCAAAGUUACUAAGCAAGUAGAAAAUCCUUACUUAAUUCUUACUUGCUAUUCACUUCACGUUUUUUAUGCACGCAAAAAAAUAACUUAUUUCCUCAAAAAAAAAUUCCUAAUUGUUAUUUAUUGACUCUAAUUUCAUUUUUAGUUCAAAUAAAUCGUUUAUUUCUGUA